UCGCACGACCCGCUUCACUUUGCUUUGCUCAAUCUGAGCAACAGUCAACCUCCGUUCCUGCCUCAUUUCUUGACAGUGUUUGCUUAAUUGCGCAGGCUUGAACCUGUCAAAGCGUAUCUACUGCAUAUAAUUCACAUAUGCCCAUAGCGUUGCUGAUUUCUACGGGCGAGUUGCGAUAAUUUGGCGCGCUACUGGUGCUGCUGGGGGCUGUGGUCAUGAGGAGCUGUAAAUUGUGCAGCUGAACACCGUCUGAAAUAAGCUCUCGCCCUGCACGAUCCCCCGGCUAGCGCGAUGUUCACACGACUAAUCGGCCAGGUGGCAUGGCUGGCGGGGCCGCUGGUGGCGCUCAACGUUGCCAACCUGUGCAAUGCCUCCCUGCCCGACUGGCUGGGUGAGGAGGUCGGCGACCUACACAGCUUCCUCGUCAACCCGCUUUUCCUCGUCGCCUCCCUCGCGGCCAUGUACGGACAGCGCCUGUACGGCCUCCUGCCGCCGGCCGAGGCCGAGGCGCUGCCCGCGUUCAGCCUCGCCUGGUACGGGCAAGCUGUACGCGGCCCGCGCGCGCUGCUGGCGCUGCUGCUGCUGUACGUCAUCCGCACGAUGCCGCGCCGCCUGCAGGCGCGCAAGCGCACCGGGCCUAUCGCCUUCGGCCGCGCACUGGUCGCAUUUGAGCGUGCGGCGGCCAGCAUGACCCGCUCGCACCUGAGCACGGCGGCGCGCCGCGCUGUGGCCUCCAACGCGGUCGGCACGGACCGGGUGCUGCUGCACGAGCUGCGGGUGGAGAGCGUGGCGGGCGCCAGGGCCGCCAACGCGCUGCACCGCGCGGCGGAGCUGGGUGUGGCUGAGGAGGUGGGCAUGCCACCCAUCUACCCCAGCGGCUACCCGCCCAAGAAGGUCCGCCUGGCCGCCGACCUGGCCGGACUGCUACUGACGCGGUCGCGCGCCGCGGCCGCCGCCGAGGCGGCGCCGGCGCGCAGCAUGGUGGAGUGCGGCGAGGCAGUGCUGAUUCGCAUGGCGGCGCUGCUGCAGGAGGCGGCGGCGGGAGGUGGCGGCGGCGGCCGCGCGGCGGCGGUGACCGCAAACGCCGACGAGUUCCGCGCCGCCGUGCUGCGGAGCGCCUACACCGGCAGCCGGCUGGUGUCCACCGCCGCGGUCAUCCUGUUCCGCCUGUGCCAGGGCCUGCGCCGCGGCGCCGCCUUUGCGCCCGCCGAGGCGCCGGUGGCCACCUCGCGCCGCAACAGCCUGCUGGCGCAGCUGGCGGACACAGCCAUGAUGACCGCUUGGGCCGGAAUGGCACGAACCCUGGCGUCACAGCCUUCCCGCUGCCCCCCGGCCCUGCUCCACCUCGCCUCCUCCUCCGCGGGUGCCGCGCCCGCGGCGCCCGCAGCGCCUGCAGCUCUGGCGGCACACGAGCUGCAUUGGGCGGUGUUGGGCGACGCCGGCCGCUACCUACACGCGCUGGUGCACGCGGCCGCCGUCAUGUGCGAUAAAGACCGCGAGACAGCACUGCUGGCAGCGCACAUGGCGGCGGCGGGGCAGGAGCCGGCCAGCGAGGACGAGGACGAGGAUGAGGAAGCGGAGGAGGAGGGAGAGGAGGGCGGCGCGGGAGGCCGGCCGCGUGGGCGUGCAACGGGCGCGCUGGCAGCGGAGGCGCUGGUGGAUGCGCUCGAGGCCAGUGGGUUGCUGGAGGCGCUGUGCGCCGCCAUGCUGGCUGCUACUGCCGCUACUGCCACGGGGGCCGCAGGAGCCAAGGAGGGGAGUUACGAGGAGCAGCUGGCGGUGCUGCUGGGCGCGACCGCGUUGCGGCAUGAGGCGGCGGCGGCGCGGGAGGCGGCGGAGCGACGCGGCAGCACCGCGGAGGGCACCGGACGUGCCAGUACCAGCACCGACAGUGGCAGCGGUGGCGGCAAGGGCAGCGGCGGCGGCAGCAGCACGGCCCCAUCGGCGCUGGCGGCUGUGCAGUACAUGUUCGCGACCUCCAACCUCGCUACGGCUUUAGUCAUGCUCACAAACCUCGCCGGCGCCCUGCCGCGCAUGGCCGCAGAGAUCGGCGCCGCCGCACUCGCCCGCCGCAAGGCCCGCGCCGCCGCCGGCAAGGCCCAGGCCCAGGCCCCGGGCGAGGGGCAUUUCCCCGCCACCAAGGCGGCUGAGCUGUCGAGGCGCAUGGCGGCCCUGUUGCAGGGGCGGGCGGUGCAGCGGCUGCAGCGCUGUCUGCUGGAGCGGUUCUGUCUGGACCAGUUGGAGGGGGAGCAGGGGGCCGAGGGUCAGGGGGAGAAGGGGGGCGAGGCGGGCCAAGGCGGGAAGAGCGGCGGCGGCAGCUGCGGCUGGGUGCUGCUGGACGUGUACCGCAUGCACGACAUGCAGGCGCAGCAGAUAAAGCGGCUGGAUGCCGAGGUGGUGUCGGCGGACAUUGACGAGUGGGGGUCGGCGGAUGCGCCGCGCCUCACGCUGCUGGAGCCGGCACUGAGCAUGUGGGCGGCGCAGUCCGUAGGCCUGGCGGCCAGCGGCGGCGCCAGCGGCCCCAGCAGCAGCGACCCCAGCAGCGGUGAUGACGGCGCGCUGGCCGCCGCCCCACGGGACGUGGUUCGCGCCAUCGGCCGGGCCAUGCACGCCGUGCACGUGCUGCUGACGUCGUCAGACGUGCUCGACCCGGCGCUCAUGCCAACUGGGUCGCGCUACACAGGCCCCGCCAUCGCCGCCGCCAGCGCGCUAGCCGGCGCACACAAGCAGUUCGUAUCGGCGCCGGGCGCGUCCGCGGCGUCGACGCGCGGCUUUGCCGUUGAUGCGUUGGAGGCGGUGGCGUGGGCUCUGGCGGUGGGCACGCGCGCGGUGGCUAUGGAGCUGAUGGCUGAGGACGACGAGGACGACGAGGAGGAAGGCGGCGGCGGCGGGGGAGGGGCUGGCGGCCGGCGGCAGCAGGGCGUGACGGAGCUGGGCAUGCGGCCUGUGGCGUACCCGCUGCAGGUGUUCAGACACAUGGCGGAGGCGCACGGGGAAGGCUUCCGCAAGCUGCCCGCCCCCGACCAGGCCGCCCUCGCGCGCCGCCUGGCCGCCGCGCGCUGGCCCGCCAGCCUGGACGCCGCGCUGCGCCUGGGCGGCCGCAGCCUGGUGCGCAGCGGCCUGCGGGUGGCCAACGUGGCGCCGGGCGCCGGCGGGCCGGGCGCCGAGGUGUUGCGCGGCGUGACCUGCCUGCUGCCCUCGCUGUCGCUGCUGGUGUGCACGCCCGCGGCGGCGCCGUGGCUGGAGCCGGUGGCGGUGGCGGACGAGGCGGCGGCCGGCGCGGGCGGACUGCUGGUGUCGCUGGGGAAGCUGGCGGCGUGGCUGGGCACCCAGAUCGGCCGGCGCGGCCUGCCGCUCACGGCCGCCAAGCCAGAUCAGGAGGCCGACGAGGAGGACGCGGAGGAGGACGACGAUGACGCAAAACAGAGGAAGCAGCAGCAGCAGCAGGCGCCGAAGGAGCUGGGCGGCGGCGAGGCCUCGGCGCUGUUUGACGCAAUGGCUGGCGGCCUGUGGCAGCUGGUGGGCACGGGCGCACUACAGCCGCUUGGGCUAGCCAUGCCUGCUGGCGCCACCGCCGCCGCCGGCAGCCUGGCGGGCGGCGCCGCACUGGCGCUGGGCACUUCCGCCGAGGCGGUGGCGGAGCUGCGCGGCGCAGCCGCCUUCUGCCUGCGCGGCCUGUGCCGCGCCGCCAGCGCGCGCGCCUUCGCCGCCUGCGCGCUGCCCAACGGCAACGCAGUGGCGGCGCAGCAACGCAACACGGCGCUGGGCGGCACCGGCGCCUGCGCGACCUGGCUGGGUGCGCCGCUGGCGACCUGGCUGCCCGCGCCGCGCGACCUGCUGCCUGCGCGGCCGGAGCGGCUGCUGACGGGUGUGGGGGUGCUGCUGGGCCGUUGCAUGUCCGACGGCGGCGCGGAGCGCGGCGCGCUGGCGGGCUGGUCGCACGCCGCGGCGGGGGCGCUGCUGGCGCUGGCGGCGCACGAGGGGCUCAGCGGCGAUGUGCAGGGCUGGCUGCUGGCGGGGAGCGGCGCCGGCGGCGGGGGCGCGGACGCGGGGAGUAGCUUCGCUGCGGGCAUGGCGGCGCUGAGCUAUGUACUGCGGGCCGCGGGCAUGCAGCAGGACCUGGAGGUGGUGGAGCGGCUGAGGGCAGCCGCCGCCAGCGCGCCGCGGGAGGCGGGCGGCGACGGCGGCAAGGCCACGGACGCGGACGGCUCGUCGGCGUCGGCAUCAGGUUCGGGGGCGGGCGCGGUCGCGAAGCGCGCGGGCGGUAGCACCACGGCGCGCAACCGCGCAGGGCGCGGCGCAGGGUCCGGCGGCAGGACCACCGUCAGCGCCUCCUUCUGUGGGCAGGCGCAGCAGCUGCUGAAGGAGUGGAACGCGCGGACGCCCAGGGCUGCUGGCACCGGCGCCGGCCCAGUGGAGGUCGCUCCCGCCAAGGCCUGUGCCAACCCGCGCUGCGGCCGCCUGAGUGGGCCCACCGAGGCAUCACUCAAGCCCAUGCAGUGCUCCGGCUGCCGCACGGCGCGCUACUGCUGCCAGGGGUGCCAGCUCGAGCACUGGAAGGCGGAGGGGCACAAGCAGGAGUGCGCACGCGGCGGCUAGGCGGGCUGGAGCUGGGCGGCAGCGCAGGUCUGGUGGCAGCGCUUGCUUGGGCCGUGUCGGUCUCAGUGUGUUUUGGGGCUCGCGUGUGCGGGGUGCUAGAAUGAAGGCGUGUGUGUUGUGUGACGCUGGAAUGUGAUAGGGCUGCGGGCGGGCGGGGAUGAGUGUAGGGAAUGGUGAUGAGUUUGCGGGUGGUCCUGUUGCGGCGGCAGGCUGCGUGCGCGUCAGCGCCGUUGUAACUGCUGUGCUAACGCGGGGACGCCGCAGGGUGACGGAAUGGGCGAACCGGCGCGGUGCACCAAAGCAUGGGUACCAACUGGACUGCUGACCAUUGAAAUGCGUAGAUGCGAAUGCGAAUGCGAGCGCAGGCGGCAGCGGAGGUUGUUGUCGCUUGCUGACGUAGUUGCGUUAGCGGUGGACUGUGCACAGCUUCCGUGCGGUCGGCUGCGAUGCCUGUGAUGCUCAGGACUCCACGGUGACCUGGUCCCUGUCCCUGAACGGGCGUGUCUAGGCGCGGCAGCGUUGAGCGCCACACCGGUCUGACGUGCUGCAGCUAACCCAGCGUUUCAGCGGCAGAGCAGGGCGAAGAGGAGAGGGGGGCAUUGCCAUC